AUGGUCUUCCAACAUUUGUCCAUCCACUUUCGAUUGCCACCUCUCGAGCUUUUCAGCUGGCAGCUUGGUAAUGCUCCAGCAGCAUUCCCACCCCCUUCAAUCCAAUCGACAUGGCUACAGCCAUUCGCAAUUUCUGACUCGACUUUCCAAGCGGCUCUAAGCCCUAGAGUUCCUAUAACUACAGCCUCCAUCUACCUGAUCGCCGUGACCACCCUCAAUCGAGUGAACCAACAACGACACAAUGUAGCUUGGAAAAUUGCCAGAACUUCAACCUUCAAGUGGCUAGUGCUUUUCCACAACCUGCUCCUCACCUUGUUUUCUGCGUGGACACUCUACGGCGUCUGCUGUUCCAUCGCGACCAGCUUGCCAUCGAACACGGAGUUCAAAUUCUCCGCUCAAGUCGCCGAUGCCCUUUGUCGGAUCACCAGCGAUGACCAUCCUCACGGAAUAAACCUGCCGCAUGUUGAGACCCUGUCUGUGGACAGCGAAUUCUUUCACCGUCCCAGCUCCAGCAGACUCUGGAGUCAAGGCUAUGCCUAUUUCGGCUGGCUGUUCUACCUCUCGAAGUUGUACGAAGUGGUUGAUACGUUCAUUAUACUCAUGAAGGGAAAACGAAGCUCAAUGCUUCAAAUGUAUCAUCAUACAGGUGUGAUACUGUGUGUAUGGGCGGCGGUCCGAUUUAUCUCCCCUGCUGGGAUUAUUCCUAUGGUUCUGAACGCAGGGGUUCACACUAUGAUGUACACCUACUUUGUAUGGACAUCUCUUGACCUACCAGUUUCCAAAUUCGUCAAGCAAACCUUGACAACUUUGCAAAUCUCACAAUUCCUCUUUGUCUGGCUGUUUGGAUGGGCCUAUAUGUUCGUUGAAUUUGAUACUCCUGUUCAGCGCUCCACACAUCACGAUGGAAUCAUUCCUUACGAGCAUCAUCAAGUUGAAAGGACCAAGUGUUUGCAGAACAAUCAUCAGGCAUUUACGGUGUGGCUGACGGCCCUUUAUCUUGUUCCACUGAUCUAUCUUUUCGUGUCCUUCUUCAAUCGCUCCUAUCUUCGGAAAGCCAAAGUCCACACCAAGUAG